UGGGGGGCGGUCGCGUCUGGAGCAGCGCUCGGCCGGUCAGUUCGCGAACGCCCGCAGCACUGCCACUGCCAUUGUGAUUGCCGCGGCGACCCCAGCAUCGGCGCGGCUCUGGCGAAGCAGCUGGAGCACUGCGGGCCCGCGCCGCUGCCAGCGGCCGAGGCCCCUGCGAGCCUCAGGGGGUUAUUUUUCCUCGGGGUGCUCGCGGGCGCGGCCGUCGCGCUCUCGGUGCCGGUGGCGUUCGCCCAGGAUUUGAUCCGUCGCGGGGCGGUGUGCCCCCCUGCUCCGUCGCCGCCGCGGGCGGCCACCAGCGGGUCUCAGGCGCCCGCGAGAUCGGGCGGGGAGGCGCCCGCGGGAUCGGCCCAGAGGGGCAAGCGGGGCGGCGGGGGCUCUGCGAGGGCGAUGGCGGCGGCAGGAACCGCUGCCGGUGCCGUGGUGGACCGAGGCUCCGCAGCCUGGGUCCACUACGGCGCUGCCGAGCAUCAUGCGAGGCUGGUGAGUGCACAUGUAGAGAAUGACAAGCAUGCUGUCGCGCCCCCCGAUCACGAUGUAUCCGUAGAGCAGCUCAGCCUGAACACCGCGGAUCUUGAGGGGAUCCGCUACUCGGCUACCAUCGACGCACGGCUUCGUGGAAUCCCCAGCCGCGGCAGCGUGCUCUACACCUUCGCCCCGCUGACGGCCUCCGAGAUCAGCGAGCUGCUCGCGGAGGCAGACCAGGCUUGCAACCUCGAGCGAGCGCAACGCGGGCCCCCGCGGCUGGGCGAGGCCGCUCGAGCGCCUCGCGGCACCGCGGCGGCGGCGACGCCCGCGCCUGCUGCGUCGCCUGGGCCCUCGCCGAGCCCCUUCAUCGGCCACGACAUCGGGGCCGAGCGCGCGCUGCCCGUGGGGGCCGCGGCGUUGGGGUCGAGGGCGCCGGCGGUCAUCGAUGGCGCCGUCGCCAGCCUCGAGAUGCUCGCGGAGGGGGCCGACAUCACACGGUGGGCCCUUGCCCGCAGCAACUUCCUCUGCGACGUCCCGAGGAUCUCGGCGCGGGCCCCGACGGAGCGCGCCCUGGUCGAGGCCGUCGGGUUUAUGACAGCGCGCACGCGUCAGGUUGAGGGCACGCCUCCGUCGCCUUUGCCGGGGCCGCCCGUCGGGGCCGAGUGGAUCGAUCCAGCGAUCGGGAGCGGCAUCGCAAGCCUGGUUGCCCGCGCGGACAAGUGGCGCAGUGACAGUCCUUUGAGGCAACGCAGCUCGGCCGCCCAUGCUCGGCUGCGCCGCGAGCGGUGGCUCGCCGUCCAUUCGGCGGCGCAGGAGGCAGUCGGCGGCGACCUGAACCUGCCCUUUGGGCGCGACCCGCGGGAGCUCUCCGCGCCGCCGCUGCGCGGAGGAGCCGGCGCCGUGGUCGGCCCAAGGGUCAACCAGCUAUUCCGCCGCCCUCCUAAGCCUGAGAUGAGCUCGGCUGAGAACACGCACGGCCUCGAGGGCUCCGACGCAGACGCCCCUGUUUCCGCGGCGACGGGGGGCACCCAUAAUGGUUUCUACCAGCGCGGUGUGCCAGCUGCGCUCAGUGCGCUGUUCAGCUUCGGAGCCGCGGAAGUUGAUUUGGCUGCAGAAGUGGAUCGGGUCGACAAGCGUCUCCACGAGCGCAUCAGCGCCUUCGAGGGGGAGGGCUUCGUUAUGCACGGUGGGCGGGGAGUGAUGGAGGCCAAGCUCGCCAGUGACGAGGUCGGGGAGAUGGGUCGGUGGAACGAGAGGUGGAGAUACCAGCGUCUAAGCCCUUCGGAGCGGGCCCCUCGUAGACGGGCCCCGGCGGCCGACCUUGGCCCCCUCGUGGGCGCCGCGACCAUGGACGCGGUUCUCUGGGACCUCGGCGUGCACGGCGGCGCCUCCUCGGAGUUGGCCCGGCAGCCUCGCGCGCGUUUUCCCGAGGCCCCGCAGUCCACCAUCAUGGGUCGCGACCGUCGGCUCCGAGGGCGCGGCCGCGCGCGCGCGCACUUCGAGGACUUGUUCCGCGCGCGGCGGCAGCGCCGAGGCAGGGCCACCGACAGCCACAGCGAGCUGGAGGCCAACCUGCUCGACUACCCAGACGAGGUCCUGGCGGACAACGCGAAGCUCACCCGCGCCGAGAAGACGGCGCACGACCUCCUCUGCAGCACCCUGCCAGGCAAGAUCUGCGAUUACCCUCGGCUCCAGCGAGCCCUCAAGGGAUGCAGAAAGCGGUUCCCGCCCGUCAGCAGAAUGCCGCUGCCGAUCGAGGUCAAGUCGGGUAUGUGCGCCCUCCUCAUCGGCGACGGCGAGAGGGCCGCGGCCCUGUGCGUCGAGACCGUCUUUGCGGGCUCCUUCCGCCCUGGGCAGGUGCUCCGCGCUGCGGUGGGGGACCUGGUCAAGCCAGGGAUAUCAGAGAAGGCAUGGAUGCACUUGUUGAGGCACAGGGUGGGAGUGCAGGGCAGCGGCAGGCACGAAGAUGGCCCUCUAGGGUUCUGCCGCUGGGACCGGGCGCAGCACCUAGCCAAGCACAGAGGUUUCGCGGGCUACCCUCCGGGGUGGAAGGGCGCCAACGGCACGUGGUUGACGCGGCUAACGAGGUGGGUGGGCCAGCCGACCUACAUGUGGGAGCGCCUUAUAAAGCUCCGGCCUACAGGAAUGCCCAUACUGCUGCCCGUGGCGGGCAGCCCGCGCCGCGUGCCG